AUGCCCGACAAGUCGUCGACGGUCGUAUCGUAUGCUGCCGGAGCUUCUCUCGCCGCCGUUGCCCUCAUCUACGUCUUCGGGCCCAACUUCACCAUCGACCAUGAAUCGAGCCCCAAGAAGAAGACCGUCGUAGGUCUGCGGAACCAGGCCAACGACUGCUUCAUCAACUCUGUUCUCCAGGCCCUCGCCGGCCUUGGCGACCUCCGCGUCUAUCUCAUCCGCGAAACCCACCGCCGCCGCAUCGAAGACGCCGCCGUGUACGCCAAUCUCGUACAACCCGAAGGCACGGCCAGGCUGGAGCAGUGGAAGCUGCAGGGUCUGCAGGACGGCCUGGUGACCCAGGGUCUGAAGGAGAUGCUGGAUGCCCUCAACGAGCGGCCCAUCUACAAGAAGUCGGUGUCGCCCUUCCCCUUUGUCAAGGUGCUCGAGGUUGCCUUCAAGCAGCGCAUCAGCAGGCAGCAACAGGACGCCCAGGAGUUUCUGCAGAUUGUCGCCGAGCGUCUCAAGGACGAGUACCACGCCGGCCAGCGGGCGAGGUUUCACGCGCGCAAGAACGGGCUCUUGCGCGCGGCUACGGGUGGCACGGGUAGCCCCCUCGAUGGCGGCGCCCAGGACCGAGACGAGGAUGCUACCAAACGCGGCGCAAGCGACGUCAAUGGGAACCAUGAUGGCGAGUCUGGGACAUGUUCGCCGAGCUCACAAGAGGCACCUGGUCCCCAAAUACGGCUGCAAAUCCCGCUGGAGCUGGAAGAAGGGUUCCCCAUGGAAGGCAAAUACGAGUCGCAUCUGGAGUGCCAGACGUGCAGGUACAAGACAAAGCCCAGGGAGGAGACGUUUUGCACCUUGACCCUCGCCGUUCCGCAAGUCUCGUCGACAUCACUAAACUCGUGCUUCGACGGCAUCUUCAAGACGGAGUACAUUGACGACUUCAAGUGCGAAAUGUGUCGGCUGAUGCGCGUCAAAGCCAACCUGGAGCACGAGGUGGGCCGAUCCAACUCGGAGAGCUUUAUAGCCCAGGCCAAGGACAGCAUCGAAAAGCUGCAAGCGGCCAUCGACACGGAUCCCGAACAGCCCCCCGAGGGCGUGGACCUUGGCGACAUUCGUUAUGCGCCGAAGCGCAGAAUAGCAAAAACGACGCGCAUGUCCAUCUUUCCCAAAAUCCUGGCCAUCCACCUGUCACGGUCCAUCUACGGCAUCGGUCAAAUGACGCAGAAGAACUCGGCCAAGGUGGCGUUUCCCGAAGAGCUGCCCCUGGGAGGCCUCGCGGACCAGCACAGGUACAAGCUCCUCGGCACCGUGACGCAUCGCGGCGGCCACAACAGCGGCCACUACGAGGCCUUUAGGCGGCAGAACCAACCCUUGCCGUACCACAACACGAAUACCUUCCAGCAGUCCGACGUCUACAGCAGGACGCCCACGCCCGCGUCCACGCCCGAGAUGGCCGCCCGCCCGACGCUCAGCCCGGCCAUCUCGACACCCGACCUGCUCUCGCCGUCCCCGGCGACCAACUCGUCCACGCCGUCGCUGGUGUCCAUGGCCGCGCCGCCUCGCAGCGUCCCAGCCGAACCCACCUCCUCCCCCGGCUCGUCCGCCGGCACCCCCAGGGAAAAGGACGCCGACACCACUAGCCUCCGCUCCGUCGCGGCCUCUACGAAAUCCGCCCUCUCCAGGCUGGCGUCCUCCAAAACCCCGGACCUCCGGAAACCCCCCUCCAAUGGCAUCCCCAAGAGGCCGAAGCGCCGGAAGCCAGCUGCCGACAAGUGGUGGCGCGUAAGCGACGAAAAGGUCCGCGAGGCCAAGACCAGUGAGGUCCUCAGCAUGCAGAGGGAGGUUUAUUUAUUGUUUUACGAGCUAGAGAGGUAA